CCGCCCCUAGCUGCUCAGUCGCCGCUGGCGCCAGCCAUGGACUGCUACACGGCGAACUGGAACCCGCUCGGGGACUCUGCAUUCUACAGGAAAUAUGAGCUGUACAGCAUGGACUGGGACCUGAAGGAGGAACUCAGGGACUGCUUGGUGGCUGCUGCACCCUAUGGGGGCCCCAUUGCACUGCUUAGAAACCCAUGGCAGAAGGAGAAGGCUGCCAGCAUUCGGCCUGUGCUAGAGAUCUACUCUGCUUCUGGCAUGCCGCUGGCCAGUCUACUGUGGAAGAGUGGGCCUGUGGUGUCUCUGGGCUGGUCAGCUGAAGAGGAGCUGCUUUGUGUGCAAGAAGAUGGUGUGGUGCUGGUUUAUGGGCUUCAUGGUGACUUCCGGAGACACUUCAGCAUGGGCAAUGAAGUUCUUCAGAACCGGGUUCUAGAUGCCCGAAUCUUCCAUACUGAGUUUGGUUCCGGGGUGGCCAUCCUCACAGGGGCCCACCGCUUCACCCUCAGUGCCAAUGUGGGUGACCUCAAACUCCGCCGGAUGCCAGAGGUACCAGGUCUGCAGAGUGCACCCUCCUGCUGGACCACACUGUUCCAGGAGCGAGUGGCACACAUUCUUCUGGCUGUGGGGCCCAAUCUUUACCUCUUGGACCAUGCAGCCUGCUCUACAGUGACACCCCCUGGCCUGUCCCCAGGAGUAAGCAGUUUCCUGCAGAUGGCAGUCUCUUUCACCUACCGCCACCUGGCACUCUUCACAGAUACAGGCUACAUCUGGAUGGGGACAGCAUCACUCAAGGAGAAGCUUUGUGAAUUCAACUGCAACAUCCGGGCUCCCCCAAAGCAGAUGGUCUGGUGCAGCCGUCCUCGCAGCAAGGAGAGGGCCGUCGUGGUGGCCUGGGAGAGGCGACUGAUGGUGGUAGGCGAUGCACCCGAGAGCAUCCAGUUUGUGCUGGACGAGGACUCCUACCUGGUGCCGGAACUGGAUGGGGUCCGCAUCUUCUCCCGCAGCACCCAUGAGUUCCUGCAUGAGGUUCCAGUGGCCAGUGAGGAGAUCUUCAAAAUUGCCUCGAUGGCUCCCGGAGCACUGCUAUUAGAGGCCCAGAAGGAGUAUGAGAAAGAGAGCCAGAAGGCAGACGAGUACCUGCGGGAGAUCCAGGAGCUGGGGCAGCUGACCCAGGCCGUGCAGCAGUGUAUCGAGGCUGCAGGACACGAGCACCGGCCAGAUAUGCAGAAGAGUCUGCUCAGGGCGGCCUCCUUCGGAAAGUGUUUCCUGGACAGAUUUUCACCUGACAGCUUCGUACGCAUGUGUCAGGAACUUCGUGUGCUCAAUGCUGUUCGGGACUACCACAUUGGGAUCCCUCUCACCUAUAGCCAAUACAAGCAGCUCACCAUCCAGGUGCUGCUGGACAGGCUUGUGUUGCGAAGACUAUACCCCCUAGCCAUCCAGAUAUGUGAAUACCUGCGCCUUCCUGAAGUACAAGGUGUCAGCAGGAUCCUGGCCCACUGGGCCUGCUACAAGGUGCAACAGAAGGAUGUGUCUGAUGAGGAUGUUGCUCGGGCCAUUAAUCAGAAGCUGGGGGACACACCUGGCGUCUCUUACUCUGACAUUGCUGCGCGGGCUUACGGCUGUGGCCGCACAGAACUAGCUAUCAAGCUGUUGGAGUAUGAGCCACGCUCUGGGGAGCAGGUACCCCUUCUCCUAAAGAUGAAGAGGAGCAAACUAGCACUGAACAAAGCCAUCGAGAGUGGGGACACAGACCUGGUGUUUACGGUGUUGUUGCACCUCAAGAAUGAGCUGAACCGAGGAGACUUUUUCAUGACCCUCCGGAACCAGCCCAUGGCCCUAAGCUUGUACAGACAGUUCUGCAAGCAUCAGGAGCUGGAUACGCUGAAGGACCUUUACAACCAGGAUGACAAUCACCAGGAGCUGGGCAGCUUUCACGUCCGAGCCAGCUAUGCAGAGGAGCGAAUCGAGGGGCGUGUCGCGGCUUUGCAGUCAGCAGCUGAUGCCUUCUACAAGGCCAAGAAUGAGUUUGCAGCCAAGGCCACAGAAGACCAAAUGCGGCUUCUGCGGCUGCAGCGACGCCUAGAAGAUGAGUUGGGGGGCCACUUCCUAGACCUGUCUCUCCAUGACACAGUCACCGCCCUCAUCCUCGGCGGCCACAGUAAGCGCUCGGAGCAGCUGGCGCGUGACUUCCGCAUCCCUGACAAGAGGCUCUGGUGGCUAAAGCUAACCGCCCUGGCAGAUCUGGGAGACUGGGAAGAGCUAGAAAAGUUUUCUAAGAGCAAGAAAUCACCCAUUGGCUACCUGCCCUUCGUGGAAAUCUGCAUGAAGCAACACAAUAAAUAUGAGGCCAAAAAGUACGCCUCCCGUGUGGCUCCCGAGCAGAAGGUCAAGGCUUUGCUUCUUGUUGGGGAUGUGGCUCAGGCUGCGGAUGUGGCUAUUGAGCACCGGAAUGAGGCAGAGAUGAGCCUUGUAUUGUCCCACUGCACUGGAGCCACCGAUGGGGCCACAGCCGACAAGAUUCAGCGGGCCAGGGCGCAAGCCCAGAAGAAGUAAGAGGCCCAUCCUGCACAUCUCCUCAAGCCCAGGGCUUGACAGGUUGUCUCUGCUCAUCCUCCCCCUCCUGCAGAGCUAAAGUUGGGGAGUAGGCUGAGAUGGGGACUGGGAGUCUGGUUGUAAAUAAAGUAACAUUUAGAAUGCUUGUCUUAUGCUUCCAGCCUAAGCACUGGAAGCCGAACUAUCCAGAUACCACAACAAAAUCCCACAUGUUUGUGUUGGAGCUGGAUGGGGGGCUUCUCCAGCUGUUUUUUAAGAGACCUGUCCCUCUGACCAGUUAUUGAGGAAAGUUUCUCAGGUUUACCCAGGAAUGUAGCUCUUUGGGGAGAGCUAGCACAGAACAUACUCACCAGCUGAUCAAGAACACACGGAAAAGUGUUACACACACACACUCAAGAACCAUGCUAAACACUACCAUUUUUGUUUCAUUUAUUCCACAUGACAACCCUAUGAGAUAGGGAGCAGAUCCCAUUUUACAAAGGAAGGAAGAGGGGACUGGCAAAACUGGGCUUUGAAACUAGGUUGAGCCUUCGGGGGUCGCAGAGCUGCUCCUUGGCUGUGGUGGGGAUAGAGAAGAGUUGACUCAGCUGGAACAAAAAUCGGGCCCUCUGAGAGGGGGCACCUGAGCCAUGUAGCAGUACAGUGAAGGCUGGAAGAAUGAUGGGAGGCAUGUCAUCGGUGAGUUGGAGGGGGAGCCUUCAGAAACAGUACCUGCUCUGAUGAGCAAUUCUUGAGCAUUCUCUGAGCUGAAGAGAAAAUCUGCAAACUACAAACCCAUGAUUCCACCUUAGCCCGCUGGAGGCUUCAUCCCUAUCAGUAGACUGCCUUCUUGGCCUGCCAUUUGCACUCUGUACAUUGUGGCUUCUAGUCCCAGUGCCCAAGAGGGCAUGACUUUUCCUCCUGUUGUCCCUUUAGUCUGCAAGGAGGAAACCAAAGCCCAGAGCGACAAAGCCAAAGCUAGAGGGAGGCCUCUGGAGCUUCCAGCUUUUCCUUCUUUAAAACCUUUGAGCCAGCCAUACUUAGGAAGACUGAGGGUGUUUCUUUUCUUCCCUCACCUGAUCUAUAAGUGUGAAAGUCUUCUAACGGGAUGCAUGUGUGUGUGUAUA